GCAUCAGGUACCAGGAAGAAGAUAUGUUCUAGAAAAACCCACUUUCAAUCAUUUACCGGAUAUCUGACGUAAACUUCUGGAGCCCUUCCUUAAGUGAGCAAAGCAGCAAGAGUAUAAAUUGGAUGGGACAGAAUACGAGGGAACAACAGUUUACAAUAUUUCCUUCGCAUUUGAGAUUUGCCCUAGUGGUGAGAAGCGUAAUUCCGCCCCCCCCCCCCUCCCCCGGGUGACUCCAACCUGUAUUAAGCAGGCGCUUCAACCAUGACUUUGUUCAAUGGGAUUUCUCCCUUCUACCCCCGACAACAAACGGCGUUCGUUUUCGCCAUCACCUUGCUUGUGGUUAUCCUAGUCUUCUUGGUCCUUACAGUGACUUUCCUUAUUAUUCUCCCCGGCAUCAGGGGCAGAGGGAGAAUCUACUCGUUCUGCAGAGUUAUUCUAAGCCUAUUCAUUGGAGUGAUAAUUGUGGUGGUCAACUUCACCAGCAACUGGGAAGAGGGGUACGUCACAGUGAACACAACCUACAAGGCUUUCAGCAGUGAGAUAAUAAAGGCAAGAGUGGGUCUUCAAAUUGGACUGGCGGGAAUCAAUGUGACUCUGAAAGGACUUCCUGUGAACCAGCUGAAUGAAACCAUCGACUACAAUGAAAACUUCCAAUGGAAAUUUGAGUUGGAUUAUGACAAGGAAAGUUACAGAAGGCUUGAGCAAGGGCUUCCAAAUCCAAUUUUGUAUAUUGCUGAGAAGUUUACAUCAAAGGCUCCCUGUAAUGUUAAUGUGCAGUACAGGUUCUCUGGACAUUAUGCAACAGCUAUGAUGUGGGUAGCAUUUUGUUCCUGGGUCAUCUCCAAUGUUCUCUUUUCCAUGUCGACAAUUGUGUAUGGAGCGUAUAUGACCCUGGUCACAUCUACAUUCAUGAUGUUUGGAGUCAUCGCAUUUGCCACCACCCGCAAUGUUCCUCCAUGCCUCAUUCAUUUUGGUCCAGCAACUUUGAAGACCAGUCUGAGCGUUUCUUUCUGGUUGACUUUGGCAACUGCUUUGCUGUGCUUCAUUCUCGGAGUACUUGUGAUAGUUAUGGAUCACUUCAUCCCAGAGAAAGUGAGGGCAUUCUUCAUGCUGAAUGGAGAAGAUGAUGAUAUGGAUGAAGUGAGCGGUGGCAUCAUUAACCAAUACUUCGCAGAUAAUUAUGCAAACACUAUCUGUUUAAAGGAAACAAAGUGCAGUAUUGAAGACCAGAACUUGACUGUUUAAACCUAAUGACGAGCAUCCAUGGAACUGAGAGGCUUGGCAUGCAGCCCUAAGCUCGUUCAGCAAUGUAGUAGAUACAUUUUGCAGAACUUAAGAAUGUCACGUUGUUUUUGAUUUAACGAACAAAAAAAAGGACCAUUUCUGGUUUUAUUUGUGAACUUAUAGCAAAGUAUUGUUAGCAAGGACAAUGCCGUCGAAAGUGAACUCAAGUUUGAAAUCCUUGGGGAGGGCUUUAUAAACAGUGACUUGAAAUGCCAACAACUUUUCUGCGGCAUUCUGUGAUUGAAUGGCUGAAAGUACAAAACUGGAGAAUCUUGAAUGUGCCAAAAGGAAGGAAUCAUUUACAUCACAAUUCAUUCAUUGAGAUGCAACUAAACGUUGCCAAUAUGUUCCUCGUAUUACCCCUACUCGAGCAAUAUGCCAAGGACCAUGAUGAGCGGUAGACACAAGGCAAGGGCACUUCAAUUGCUUUUUACAGUGAACGAUCAGAUCGAUGGUGAGAACGUGGCAAGCACGCGUGCAGCCGACUGAUCCGCAGUGUAUAGAUUGUGCCUGCUGCAGGUGGAGGCCUCUUCCUCCCUUCCGUGUGGACUUUCGAGCACGCAUGACUUUCAUCUCGUGGGCCCCUUUCAUCGCUCCCACACUGCAAGUUGUCCAGUGAAUACCAUUACUAACCUGACUCAGUAAAAAUGUUUAAUCAUACGACUACUCUGUUGUUGUUCUUGCUGCACAUACAUGCACCAAUAAGUUUACUGAUGACCAAAGGGCACUUCUGAAUCAGGAAUAAACAGGACAAAAGAUUUCUUUAAUCCUUGAAUUAAGCAUUAGCUAUGCAUCUAGUGUUUGUAUUAAAAUUAUUUACUUUUCAGUUAUUAGCACUCUGAAUUUUUCAGUUACUAAUUGGGUGGAUGACGAGUUUACACAUUUGUGCAAAGUUCUUCAGCCUGCUGUGCAUUGCAUUGGCUAACUAGUUUUCCAUGGCAAUGUUCCAUUUAUAACAGUAGUUUCCCCAUACUGGCAUAACAUCUAAACAAGGAUGAGAACUUGUACCUCAGGGAGAAUUGGUUUACAAAUCAAAGGCCUUGAUUUUUGUGUAUGUGUGCAUGCGUGUGCAUGUUGCAAUGCCUAUGCAGGACCGAUGUCUGACUCUCUGUACAUAUCAAGUGAUGAAUGUCU